GAUCCCACCGCCUAACCCCUACCCUCCCUGCGCGAUUGUUUUGGAUUUCGAUCACCCGCCAAUUGAAUUUCUCCAUAAUUCCAUCCCAUUCAACCCUACACGUCGAUCCGUCCGGCCAAGCAGCCCACCAAUCCCAUCCGACCCCUACCUCCCCCACCUACCGACAGUAACCGUCGAAAAUUCGACCGCACACAAUCCCAUUUACAUUACCGGUGCCUUUGCACGCGCACCGCCGCAGUCAAUUGAACGGUUGUCUACCGACUAAUGUCUCACCCAACUGACGAAGAAAUGUCCGGGUACUUUCCCUACAACAGUACUCAUCCCAUCCCCGGAGUCGCAGGUUCCCUGCUUCCGCCUUUCCCGCCGCACCACCAGCUCCCGUCCGCAGCUCCCGCCCCUCUGGUUCCGCCCACCACUCCUGUCACCGAAAAGACUGGUCGCGGGCGCGGACGCCGUGGCCGUGGCGCCGCUGCAGCUAAUAUCCCGAAUACUCCCACAACUCCGUUCAACACUACCUUUCCGGCUAAUGGCGAGUCGAGCUCUGCCGGUGGUGGCGGUGGAGGUUCGGCAGCAACUGGUAGAACUGGUGUGAUUAUUAAGACAAAGUUCCCCGUUGCGAGGAUCAAGCGUAUCAUGCAGGCGGAUGAGGAUGUUGGUAAGGUUGCGCAGGUAUGUUUCCCUCAGCCUCCCUCGAUAGCUGAACUAACCUUACUCGAACAAGGUCACCCCGGUCGUCGUAUCCAAAGCUCUAGAGCUCUUCAUGGUAUCCCUCUGCGACAAGGCUGCCCUCCAAGCGCGUAUGCGUAAUAGUAAGCGUAUUACCGCUGGUCACCUCAAAGAAGCCGUCCUCCACGAGGACCAAUUCGACUUCCUCGCUGAAAUUAUUGCCAAAGUCCCGGACAUCCCCCUUCCCGCGGAGAGCCAAGGCGGCGCGGGCUCCGGCUCCGGUGGUGACGCCGAGGAGGGAGCAAGCGGAGGGGGAGACGCUACCACGCCCAGCACUAAGAAGGGCCGCAAGCCAAGGCAGAGAAAGGUCAAGGAUGAGGAUGCCUUCAACUAG